AACAAAGAAGGACAAGUGAAAAAACAUGGCGGACCCUGCACAAGAGAAUACGGUGAGAAUAUUCCGCUUGUUUUUAGCCAUCAGCGAGAUGUUAGCUUAAACGUUUUGUUGUUCAAAGCUGCUUCUUUUACUUGCUUCAUAUGGCUUAGUUUUUUCGCUUAGAGUAGACAAGCCUUUGAAUAAAAAACACUCCUUCAAGUGCUUCAACUGGCGCGCGAUUUUCUACGAUUUUGGACGACCGAAUCAUACCAAAGCUCAGUGUCUAUACAAACUAGAGUUCUGAUAAAGGUUUUAUAGCCGUAUCGGUAGACAAUCAGCAAAGUUAUCUGAUUUGUGAUGGUUGAGCCCGAGCUUUUACAACACAACGAAAAGCCAGAGGAGUGAAAUUAAAAUAAUGUUGUACUGUUUAUUUCCCUUGAGAGAUUUUUAAUGUUUUGUUGACAACUCAAUAUGUCAGCUGUAGUAUUCAAAAUAGUGUAUUAGAUAGAUAAGGAAGUAUUAAAAUUCAAACAGUUUGUGGUGACCACGUGUGGAUCCAUACUGGUUUCCAUAAUUUUACAAGAAACAGUCAGGCACCAGUUGUUCAAAAGGGGGUGGAUAAAACUAUCCACUGGAUAAAUCACUAUCCAGUGGAUAAUGCAAUUGGUCUUCCUACUACUUAUCCGCAGGAUAAACCACAAUCCACUGGAUAGCGCAAUCGGUUUCCCUAAUACUUAUCAGAUGGAUAGCAGUUUAUCUGAUUGAUAGCGCCAUCCAUCUUUUGAACAACUGGGGCCAGGUGGAUAGCGCUAUCCAACUUUUGAAUAACCGUCUCCUGAUGUUUGGAGUUUAAGGAAAUGGCACUUUCAGGACUUAAACUUUUAUGUUUUUUCCUGGGAUACACAAACCAGUCUCCCUACAAACAUGCACCAUUGGUGAUUUUGUAAUCCUAAAGUGGUUGUUUUGUGGAUCUGCAUCUGGUGAUGGUUUAAGAUAUUGCUCCCUUUUUGACUAACACAAAAUGUAAUAUUCAUAACACAGGAAAAUGUUGCUGAAACGGCAGAAGUUGCUUCACCUCCACAGCCUGAAGUUACAGAUGCUCAACCAGUAAAUGCUGAUGCAGAGAAUCCCCCUUCAGGUGAUACUGUCACUGAGGAAUCACCCUCACAGCCUGUUGAUGAGGUUUCACCAGAGGGAGGGGUUGCUGAGGCUGCAAGUGUUGUGGCUGAGGGAGAUGGGACUGGUCAAAUGCAAGGAGAAGGAGAGGCAGGGGAGGGAGAGAAGCCAGAUAUGGAAGAUGAAGCUAAACCAGCUCAGGAAGGGCAAGAUAAUUUUGAAGUGAGUUGUUUUUGUUGUCCCCCAUUUCCUGUUUUUUCAAAAGGGCAAUCAGAUGAUCUGAAAUUAAUCUUGUUUGGUCAAAUCUUUAUAAAUGGACACUAAAGGAACAGACACUUACACUGUUUAGUGUUAGCCCUAUAGAGUGAAAGAGAGUCAAAAGAAUAGAAGCAGAUUGGCAAUGGACCAACUUUGGUUUCUUAAGAGAGACUCAACCAAUAAAAUACUGCAGUAAACUGAAAAUGUUUUUAUUUUUUGACUCUCCUUAAAUUCUCUCUCCAUUGAUGUCAGAGCAUUACUGACUUAUAAUUUGGUCAACAGGUUGGUCACAUGUGUAAAGAAGUUCCAGUCUCUUCAUGUUAGGAAAUGACAAAGAUGAAUGUCAUUUGAGUUUUGCAACCUUGUUAUGAUCAGUUUAAAUCAUGUUUUGUUUUGUAUUUUUUGAUGCCCUCCUCAUUUUUAUUAAGUGCUAGUGAUGUAGAAAUAUUAACCAAAACAAUUCUACAGGUGUAUUAUUUUAUUGUUUUGUUUAUUUCUUACAGCAAAUUGAGGAGCAACCAGAUGAAAAUGCACCCAUUCCAGAGGUAAUAUAAAGUGGAUAAAGGUGCCCUUAUUCUAUUAUGAUACUGAAUUAUCAAGGUCGUGAUUAAUAAUCAUUCUAUACACUGCAAAAUUCAAAUAAUUGUGAUACACUGUAACUUCAAAAUCAGUCAAAACAGCCAUUUUUUAAAAAAACUGACUCGGGGAAAGCUUUUAUGUUUUUAUGCAGAAUUCAGUUCUUGGGAGCAAGUGUAGCAUAGUGAACAUAGCGCCAACCUCUCACCAUGAAAAGUAGUCUGGGCAUAAAAUCUUAAUGUCAAUGAAUGCAACAGUAUAGAUUCUUCCUACCCAACCUUCCCCCAACCCAAUGUUAACACUAAGUUCUCUGAUAGAGCUAAACAUUGGGUCUGGAGAGGAGUAGGUGAGUAGUCCAAGUCUGUUGUUUAAAGUUUCCUUCUUUCCUUUAAGACUCUCCAGCACUUCAGUCUUCCCGUCUUCCCAAACCAACAAUAUUACCAAAUUGGACUGUUUCAGAAUGAUCCACCUCUCACCACCACCUAAAGUGUGACAUGGUAUUUUGAGCUGCAAGUACCUCUACGCAGAUUUCCAGGUCCAUCAAACCCUUCUCCUGCUGUCUGUUGGCGAGUGUGGAGUUUCUCUUGAAUAAUUAACCCAUAUUCCAGUUUGAUCUGAAAUGCAGGAAAGCUUUUGACACAAAUUCUUAAGAGCUCUGAGGUGUUUAUUAGUACAUUAAUUUUACAGUUCAUUCUAGACCUAUCAAAGUUCACAUAACUUUCAAGUAUUAUUGUGCUUUCUUGGGGAAUCCCUAUUUUUUAUAAAUAAUUGAAGAACAAGAAAAAAAGUUGUGUGACCCCUUAUGACAUAUAAUGUUAUUUGAAUGAGGCUCUUAAUACAUUUCAUUUUACAAGUUCUUUGUAAGGGCUGUCAUGUAAUAUACCUGUGAUUUAAUUUUUAGAAUGAUGCUAUACCAGAGGCUGAUGAAGGUCCUACAGUAGAGUUGGCGCAGCCAUUAUCCCGUGAGGGGACGCCCACUGGAGAUCAAACUGUUGUAGAUAAUGACACCAAGCAGGAGGAGCCAGAUGCAUCAGCCACACCCCCACCUCCUGUGUCCCAGUCUCCUGAACCAACCACUGACGUAGAACCACUCGAGUCUUACAUAGAAUCAGGUAAUUUCAAGAAAAUGACUGUGCAUGAUACAAUUGAACCUGCCAUAAGCAAGCAAAAUGAAGGCUUUAGUGGUCACUUAUGGGAGGUGGUCACUUUUGAGAAUUAAAUGACAGGGGGCUCUCUUUCUAGAAGAUUUCUAAACACAUCUAUAAUAUAAUUUUAUGGACGAAAAUAAUAUUCAUUACGUGCAAUUUAUGAUAUGUGCAAAGUUUCUUGUUGUGAAAAAAAUUGGCCAUGAGUUUUAAAGGUUACCGGUAGACACACCCAGGAAUGUGGGAAUUACUUUUAAAUACAUGAAUUGUAUGUGUCUGAAUGUUUUUGCACAUUCUUUUACCAGAUCCUGUGAGGUAUGAUGAAAUGGAGAUAGAUGAAGAAUCAGAACCAGAGAUGCCUAUUUACAAUAGAGCGGAGCUCAUUGAACGCUAUCAAGUAAGUAACUAGCAAUAAAAGCUUUUCUUUUACUGGCACAUUUUUGUUCCGCAUAUGAGGUAGAAAAAAAACUGGAAAAAGCUGUGCUAGAAGACCAUUUCAUGGUCUCCUAGCAUGGUUUGUUGCCUAGAAGACAUCAGUAGAGUCUAGACUAGUCAAGUUAAAUGCAUAAUAAACUUUGAUAAUUGUCUUUGUUGAAAACCUUUGCGAAAAACUUCUUUUUUGCUUGUUGUAAAAUCUAAUGUACAUUGUACAAAUUUGUUGUAUUCUGUUACCACUUUGUACAUUGUUUAUUAUUUUGUUAUUCCCAUGCCUUUGUUUCUUUUUGGUAUUUGAAUUUUGACGGGUCUGAAAUGUAAUGGUUUAACUGCAAAAAAAGAAGAAAACAAAAUCAAAGGUUUAUAGAGGUUUGUUAAUGUCAAACUGGUAAUACUAUUGACUCAUUUGCAGCAAGCUUUGGAGGAGAGAUCCACCUUACAGUCAUUAAAUGCUCAGCUACAGCACAAAUUAGCAGAAUAUUUCAAAAAGAAAAAGGUAAUUUUUAAAAGAAAUAAUACUUCAUGAUUAUUCUGCCUAUGUAAAAUGGGCACAGACUCCUAAAGUCCUUUAGCCUGUACCAGGCUCCCAGUCAGUGCAGACAAGCAAAAAAAAGCAAGCAAGAAGUGAAAUAGCGAAUAAGCCAAAAAUGACGGGAAGAGAGAAGCAGAGAGCCUUUACUACCCUCCCCAAUUCCUGAAAAACCAUUUCUCAUGUCAAAAUGUCAAAAGCUGGGGAGGGUUUCACAUGCUUGACAUGUUUGUUAGACUCUGCACGUCCAUAGCCAAAUGAUUGACAUAAAUCUUGAAGUAACCUUUCACAAUUGACCAAUCAUAGGGUGUACCUGGAGUCGGUAUACCUGUAGUUGGAAUGAGAUAUUGGAAACAAAUACAGGUUCACCUCUCCAUCUCUCCCCAGCCCUCUCACAGUUCUUGUGCAGCUUUUGUUGAUCCGCUUUCCCCACUAUCGACUCCAAGUCCUUUACCCAUUUGCACUUCCAUACAGGUGGCUAUGACUGGUUGAUGCAUGAAUGUGUUUAAAUUUCAUAGAGCUGAUGAAAAUUGUCUGCAGUUAACACUUCCCCUUUUAGCUCUAAUAUUCUUUCAGCUUUUGUAAUCUAUCCAUUCGUCUCCAUUGUUUUCGUGAAUUUUUGAGUUACUAAAAAUCGGUGUAUUAUCAGGUUUAAAAACUCGAGGCAAAGCCGAGAGUUUUAAACCUGAUAAUGCAUGGCCGCGUGUUUUUUGAACGGCUUCAAAAUCUCUGAUGUAGAUCAACUCAUUCUUGCACUAAUAUUUAGAUUUGGGGUUAUUUUGUUAAAAAAGAUGGGACAUAAAGUUUAGCCGUGUCUUUAUUAGUCUGCUACACAGCCGUUUUUAGUGUCGUCACGCAACGCUCCUCCCCACAAACGGCCGUUAGUGGGGAGGAGCGUUGCGUGACGACACUAAAAACGGCUGUGUAGCAGAGUAUGUAUUUAUGAGAUAUAAAGACACUCAUUAAACAUAAUUUCUUUUGUUUUUUCUUUAUGAAUUAUAUGAAUUAUUAUUGAGUUUUUGAAUAAAAGUAUAAAAAUAGUAUCUUUAAUUAUUUUCUGUGUUUUCCUUUCAGAGUGAUGAACGGCAGCAAGAGAUUGAAAAGAACGUGACUGAUCAGGAACAAAGAUAUCUGAAAUAUAUGUGUACGUUUUGACCAAUGAAACAUUAGAGACCUUAAGAUCCGACCACGUCGACGGCAACGAGCACGUCAAAAAAGCAAUAGGCUUUGAUAGGUGCGGUCGCACUAGCGACUUACCCAUGGGAAAAUAGCUGUUGCCUUAGGGGAAGUAACUUUUUGUCUGUGGCCAAUUUCCCCAAGGUGAAAUUGCCUCAGGGAAAUUUCCAUAGAUACGUCAAAAAGAACAAUAGAAUUACCUAUGACAGUUCCCGAGUUAAUUUCUUUGGGUUAAUAAAAAUCCAAAGCGGCUCAACCCCUUGGGCAAUUUAUCGUUGUGUGACCGCAGACAACAAAUGAUCAAAACCGAGAGCGAACCCAACCCAAGCUAUUUCCCCAUGGGGAUCCUUGCGGAAGAUGUCUAGUGUGACCACACGUAAUAAGCGAAACAACAAACUCUGCACGCGCAUCAUGCCGUCACUGCACGGCCACGACUUGAAAAUACCUAAUUUCAAGCAAAGACAAAAUUGUCUUCCUCUUUCUGAACGUAGAUAAGGCUCUUCAGGAAUUCAACUCCAAGAGGGUUCCUUUACAUUUGAGAUAGUCACUGAUUUGGAAUAAGAUUGAAAAAAGAUUGAAAAACGCGAAUUCACGUUCUUAACGACGUUUUCGCGGACGUCACCGUCUUCGCAUUUUAUAAAAAGGUUUCGGCGGCUAUUGAAGUAUCGACGCAUUUUGACGUACUGUGUACUGACUUUUAAAGAAUCCAACCAACACAAUCAUGUUGAGGAAUGAUGUUUUGUUAACCACAUUCCCUGAUCAGAGGUUCUUUUGCAAAGGAGGUUAUAGAACGUGUUUCUAACAUCUUUCUUGCAGAAUGCAAAGUGUUCAUUUAUAAACUGAUUUCUUUCGCAUUCUAGCAAACCUCGAAGAACUUCAAAAUGAAGAAGGAAGGGAAAAAGAAAGCUAUGAAGAACAAAUUGAGGAUCUGAAAGCAAAAUGCAAAGAAAAGCAGGAAAUUGUUAACAGAUCCAGGUAUGUACUCCUGAGUCCCUUGCAAACACAAUAGUGAAUGAUUUUUUUGGCGUCUCAUUAGUGAAUUUGUUAAAUAAUGACUACAAAAGUUGAUUUACAGAAACAAAAAAAUAAAUAAAUAAAAUAAAUAAAUGUACGAUCUCUUCAAGAUUGGCGAGGGGUGGGAUUUAGGGGCCUGUUUACAUGGAGGCGGGGGACCCCAGAUUGGUGAGGUAUCACUGAUUUGCCGGGUCACCCCACCUAUCAUGUAAACGUGAUCAAAUUAAAAUGAGAGAUUAUAUGGACAGGUGGGUUACCCCACCUAAGCGGCUUACAUCCCCCACCUCCAUGUAAACAGGCCCUUAGACCACGGGAAGAAGACAAAUGAUGACCGCAGUGACAUCACAUUUACACAUUAUUAAAGUCAAUGUUGAAUUCUUCGUGGCCAUGUAUAGGUGGCCCUGUAUCCCACUUUUUGGUGUCUGAGUGUGUUUGACGCAUUAAAUCUCCCUCUGUCUGUUUUCAGUGACAACUUUAUGCUGUUCAAAAUGGACGUUGCAAAGCAGGCAAUCAACAGUCGGUCUGGGAAAGCCAUUCCUCCUAAAGUAAGAUAAGCGUUACGAAAACAUUCCCCCUUUUUUUCUUGUGUUAUUCUUCUUACACUAUUCUUCACGAGGAAGCUUGAGCAAAGACGACGGCGAUGGCAACGAGAACGGCAAAAAAGCAACAGGUUUUAUUGGCAAAACAACAACUUUGCACGUACAUCACGCUUUUUGGUACAUUUCUUAGCACGCGAAAAUGCCUAGUUUCACGUUUUGUCGAGGACGUGAACACAAGGCAACAACUUUCCUUUUCUUUUCUUGAACUUUGAUACAGUUCUUUAAAAUUCAAAUCCAAAAAAAUUUACCAACAUUUGACGAAUUGAACGAGAUGGAAUAAGCGCGAUAAAGUUUGAGGCAGCGCGAAUUCACUUCAUAAGUGACGUUUUCGUAGCCGUAGCCGUCGCCAUCGUUGUUGCUUAAGCUCCCUACUAUAACUAGAACUCGAAGGCCGCGCUUCCCGAAAUUCCUCUUUCCUUAUCUCUUUCGAGUACGCACUCGCCGGCCAACCAUAGAUGUCAUUUUCCUCACAGAUAGUAGGGUCGGAGAAAUACGCGUGCGCGCGUGAAAAUAACCACCUGCGAGGGAGGUGACACACUCCUCGCGUUUGGCGAUUUUCACGCGCGUUCGCAUAUUUCGAUAAGUCAACCAUACCUGUGGAAGAGAAGGGACGACUACUCGUAGUCUGGUAUGGCCAAAUUCCACGCUACAGGUGAUGGUCCGUGAAUCAAUCUUGAAAACUGAUAUCCUGAUAGCACAUGCCCGUCAUUUCGCACAAGGUGAAAAGAAAUCAAAGCAACGAGGAAUACAAAAAGACUAGACUUUGCGUAGACUUUGUGUGCAUUUUAACUUUUGCUUCACUUUUGCUAACGUGUUAUUUAACAAGUUACCUCACCAUACUCUUAAAAGCGUGGUAGAUCAGUCAGGAUAUUUCUCUUUCUUCGUUCUAAGAACAACUUUUUUCUUUCUGCUGAAGGAUCUUGAACAGUACCAGAUGAUGGAACUCAAGAAAGAGCAAGAAGUCAUGCAGGUGAUUUAUUAAGGUUUUGCAACGGGAACCGUAUUGUUCAUUAAGAAAAAAUGAAAGAAACGUUUAAUAGUAGUCGUGGUUAUAGGUAAAAUCCGUUCUUUACAUUCUAAGACGAGAACGAGUGCGAGAACGAGAUUACCCAACACUAAGUAGUGCGCCUGCGUGAACCAGUGAUAGCCGUCGUCAUUCUACUACGGGAAUGUCGUUUAAUAGUGUCGGAAACAAGUUAUCAAAUGCUAGAAAUUUUAUUACUUUGCGAUCGGAAGAGAUCUUAAACUCCUUCAUUAGAAAGAACCGUGCUAAUUUUUUAUGUGAAAAAUGGUACAAUGAAGCUUUUCGAGCUGUCUACUUCUGGAGAAAAUACAAAAAGAAAUUUAAUAUCUAAAUCUCGCCCUCGUCCUGGAAUAUAAAGGUCUCUAGUAUUCAACAAAGAUUGACUAGGGUUGGAACCCUAGCAAAAAUCUAAUGAUUACUGGAGAACAGACUUUCCCUACAAGUUUACAGUAACACACCGUAGGAAAACCAUUUCUCCCCAAACUCAUCUGCCGUACUGUUUGUGGCGCUGCUUUUUAAAUACCGAUUUAUACGCGGUCACACUUAAGUUUGUUUUCCACACAGGGAUCCCAGACUCACAACAGCCUGUACUGGAAGCCAAAUUUUAAGAUUUUUAUGGGAAUAUAUGGUAAGAUCGAUAAAACGGUAUAAAAUGUACAUAAACAGCUAUUAAUACAGUACCACAAAUGAAGAGUAAAACAAUAUGUGUUUUCGUCUCUCACCUAUAUGCCUUCAUCGGGGUGAAUAGCCGUUACAAGCAUUACACGCCAUUAUAAUUACACGAUAACGAACAAUGAAAAUUUGCACGCGCCACAAAGGAAGAUAAACGUGCGCGCGCUUUUACCGGAUGCGAGACCUAGUCGUCCUAUUCUGGCUAUAAAAAAAUCGUUUAUAUUCAAGCCUUGAGGCUGAAUACAGUUCAACCUAUAGUCCCACUGACCUUCUUUAUCCGGAGAGCUGAUUCUUCCCAGGACAUUCUGUCGAUUAACUGUAUACUUACAUCCUAAACAGCUAUUAAAGUAUACACACCUCAUAAAGAGUUGAGUCUCUGUUGUUUGCCUACUGUUUCCUGCCCUAUAAUAUUUUAGCUAGUUUUAACGUUUAUAGUAGGUGAGAAACCGAAACAUUAAUACUUGCUAAAAUGGUGUUUUUAGGGCAGGAAACAGUAAGAAAACAACACAGACACAACUCAUUUGUACUUUAUAGCUGUUUACGCACAUGUUAACGGUUUCAUCGAUCUUACGAUAAAUUUCGAUACGCCUCUUGCACAUUUCCCAUAAUGCACCUUAUUUGCACCCAAAAAGUUUGCAUAAGCAUUGUUUUCAAUUUCUCUUGGGACGGCGUUAAUACCCAGGAGAAAUGAAAAACCAAGGUUAUGUAAAAUUUUGGGGGGCAAAUCAGGUGCGUUAUGGGAGAUGAGCAAGUGGCGUAUACAAAUCCUUACAAUUUGGCUUCCUGUAGGCUGUUGUUUUCCGCAGUACUCGUAACUCAUCCCAUGCAAGGCGUCUUUUACGUGGGAAGUUUCACAGAAUUAUGUUGAAUAAUUUUCUGUUUUAUCGUGGAACUUUGAGUGCGUUCCUUUGGGAUGAUCCAGAUCAAGAUUUAUGAUGCUAAUGUUACGAUUAUUUUUGAUUAAUUUUAAUGCGUUUCAAUUUGUGUCGUAAGUAAUACUUUUCGGCUACUUUUGUUUUAAGGUUCGCCUGGAAAAUAUUAAGCUGAAAAACCGACUAAAAAAGAGAGAAAUGCAGCUGAAGGCCAAGGUGAGAUAAAGAAAUAUAGUAAUCAUAAAUCUUUGAAAGCUUCUCGUUUUACAUUUUACCGUCAACUAGAGUAGCUGGGAACUUAUAAUGAAAUUAUAUUAUAUUACAGGAAAGUCGCGCAAAUUGCUAUUGUUAACUGUUUAUUUUUUCUUGUUUUGUAGGAAGAACUGGCUGAGGGUUUACAUUUAAUAGAUUUUGAACAGCUCAAGAUUGAAAACCAGACGUACAACGAAAAAAUCGAGGAGAGGAAUGAGGUGAACUUUGUCAUUAAAACCUUCUUUCCUAAGUUGAAGUUGAAUUCAAGAUCUAAAUUACAAAAAUGAAUUUACUCCGUAGCAACAAAGUAAAAAAGACAACAUUUAUCGCUAACUUUCAUUUCCCUGGUGGCCCUAUUCACGGCCCAUAUUCGCGUCAGUAAUCAGUUAUAACUCAGAAAUUUAAUGUGCGUGUAAGUAGUUUUGAAAUAGGAGGUAUUCGCCCCAAAAAUGUACUAAUAUUUUUAUAUAAAGUACCUCUGUUACGUACCAGGGCAGACUUUCACGAGGUUCUUGUUUGUUGUUGCUGUUGAUGUUAAUCUUUUCAUGUGCCAAACCUCAUCUGUGUUAUAAACACCGUUUCCACGAAAAAAAGCCGUAGUUUAAAUAAAUUGCUUCCCCUCUUGUGUUGAAUAGGAGCUGUUAAAACUCCGCAAGAAAAUCACCACCACAGUACAAGUUUUGACGCAUCUGAAGGAGAAGUUGCAGUUUGUACAGGCUGAGAACAGCGAACAGAGAAGCAGUUUAAGAACAGUCGAAGCUCAUGCAGCUCAGGUGAGUCUCUCUUCAGCACCUGUAACAAGCGCCUCAAGAGAAAGGAGAAGUCGUUACGUCGCGUUGCCAUGGUAGCAAUUUUUCUGGAUGACAACAAACCGAAAGUCGCACUGUUUCAAACUUCAUCGAUGUUACUCAAUUUCAAUUUUUUGUCAAAUAUUGGCAAACUUUUCUGAGGUUGAAUCCAAAAGGACCGUAUCUAUGUUUAGAAAAAGAACGUUUUUGUGUUGUGGUCACCUUCUCCAUAAAGCGAGCGCGUGAAAUUAGGAAGUUUCAUGUGAUUGUCGCAGUCGUGCAACGACGGCAAAGAAAUGUUCUGAAGCGUGAUUCACGUGCAGAGUUGUUGUGUUGUUAAUAUGAACCUGUUGCUUUUUUGCCGUUCUUGUUGCCGUCGCCGUCGUCGGUGGUUAAGCUUCCAAUUGUUGUGAUCCAGAAAUUUUGCUACCAUGGUGGCGUGACGUCACACUUCUCCUCUCUAUUGGCCAUUUUCAUGAUGACGUCAUUUGACUGCAUCUACCAGAAUUCAUUUCAAUUUGCUUGAGAUUUCAGUGACAAUUGUCCUUGUAGAUACUUCUUAGCCGUCGUAGCACGACUACGACGUGAAACUUCCUACUAUAAACUAGGUGAACACCACACAAUGUUUUUUUUUUCUUUUUCUAAUCUCAAAUUCGGUCCUUUCGGACUUAACUCCAGAACAUUUAGCCAACAUUUGGCAAAUUAAUUGAAACAGAACGAGAUCGAUGAACUCUGAAACAGUUUUAAGUGACGUUUUUCGGUUUGUUGUCAUCCAGAAAUUUUGCUCCCUUCGCAACGUUACGUAAUGACUUCCCCAAUCUUUUUCUCCAUACUCCGCGUUCAGUGUAAAAAAGAGUGGCUAUUCAUGCCUGAUAUGUAUGCUGUCUGCUGUUUGCUAUUUGCUGAUAGCUAUUUCUUUUCGUUGUCUGUUUCAGAAACGAGACAUUCUUACACGAACAAAGCAAGUUCGAGAUGCUCUGAGAAUAGAAAAUGUCAAACUUCGACAAAAGUGUGGACUUCUUGGAAACGAACCGUUACUUAGAGAUUAUGAGCAAAGAAAAGAGCAGGUAUUUACAGAAAGCACGCUCUGACUUGGUUUACCCCUCCAUAAAGCCGUUUGACAUUUUUCACAUGUUUCGAUGGGUUUGCAAUCGAAGUAAUGCAAAUCCAAUCAAAAUCCAAUAUAUUUUUAAGGUAUUUUCGCGCAUUUCAAGGGUUUUAUUUUGUACUUCUUUGAAACUACACGCUUACGUCUCCAAAUUGACUGGUUCUGAUUAAAGGAAACCCAUCAAGGGCUUGAAAACUUAUAGAACACUUGUCUGCAUAAAUGGCAGAUUGUUGGAGAGCACUCGCGAUUGAUUAAUUGGUUGAUUGAUGAUUUAUUCAUUAAUCGAUCAAUUAAUUAAUUGAUUGAUUGAUUGAUUUCAUUGGUUGACUGAUUGACUGUCUGACUGAUUUAAUGAUUGUUGUUUAACCGUUCGUCUCGACCUUGAUUACAAAUUCAAAGGCAACGAAUUUUUUCAACUUUUUUCACUUUUGAUUGUGAAGAUAAAAGAACGAGGCAUGUGCCAAGGUAAAAAAUAAUUAGAACACUCACGGCAUUAUUGAGUUACCUUCCUCCUUUACUCAGUGCCAGCCGGGAGUAACUACUGAUGAAAGUUUCGUUUUCCGUUUUUAGAGUGACGAUCUACGAGAGAAAAUCAAUCGAUUGAAAAUGGCACAUGCCGAGCUAACAAUGAACUGCAGCGGAGUACGAACAAAGAUAGAAGGAGCCAGGCUAGAAGAAAAACAACUUUAAAGUCCUCUGUAAUUUAUGAAUUAAUAUGUUUUACACGCAUAGAUCACAUCAAAUAAUAUUUAACACAUAGGUUCGUUUUCUAGAGUUUCAAGAUUUGUAUAUAUAUAGUUAUGGCCGUGUCAUCUUGUAAAUAUCUCUAUUUACUUUAUUGUAGUAUCUCUUGCCAUCUCGAAACACUUUUCAACAUACAUGUGUCAUGAUAAUUUCUCAAUGUGAAAGAAUUGUAUAGUAAUUGAAAAGGCAUGCACAAAACGAAGUGGUUAAUAAAGUUCGAAAACAGCAGUUUUUAAGUUUUUGCUCUAAAAA